GCAUCAAGUUGCCCGGUAUUGAAGUUACAACUGUUCUUCAGAUAUUAUGGCUCCCAAAGUUGCAGGAAAGAAAGGCGAGAAGAAAGCCGGAAAGGCAAAGGCAAUUGCUGCUGACGGAAAGAAGAAGAGGAGAGGAAAGAGAAGGGAAAGCUAUGCUAUCUACAUCUACAAAGUGUUGAAGCAAGUUCACCCCGACACUGGUAUCUCCAGCAAAGCCAUGGGCAUCAUGAACUCGUUCGUCAACGACAUCUUCGAGCGCAUUGCUACCGAAGCUUCUCGUCUCGCCCACUACAACAAGAAAUCGACUAUCAGCUCCCGUGAGAUCCAGACAGCCAUCAGGCUGCUUCUGCCCGGCGAACUGGCGAAACACGCCGUCAGUGAAGGAACAAAGGCUGUGACCAAGUACACUAGCAGCAAGUAAACUCACUUUGUGGGUUUCCCGCCAAAACAAACGGCUCCUUUAGGAGCCACCAAAUGUUAUGAAAGUCUGACCAACGUACGAACGUUGAAAGUUUUAAAAGUCGUAAAACAACAAUGCAUUUUAUCAUUCCUUCUA